AUGAGUUCUGGAAAAAGCACUAGCGUGGAUCCACGAGAACAAGAUAGCCUAUUACAAGAAGGAACAAUGUCGUCUUCUUUUUCAGAUGGUUAUUCAAAUCCUGUUAUUACAAACACAUCCAAUUCCAAAAAAUCAGAGGUCAUUGAAAGCUUUCAAAACACUGACAUUUUGAUACGGUUUGGCCAAGACCCAGACUCGUCUGACAAUGACCCAGUUGCCGAGUUCUUGUACAAUAAGUACAUGGAAAUGAGUUCUAAUGAAGCUAUUGAGAUUUUGAGAGAAACUAUUAAACAUCACGAUGACGAUCUUAAUUUCCCACAAACUGUUAUGGAUAAAAUUGAAAACUUGGUCAAUUAUGGACCAGCAGCCAUAAAUGGAGACGAGGAAGGGUUUAUUCGUGAAGCCAAGAUUGAGGCUACAUUGAUUUACUGGUAUUCUCCAUACCCAGAAGUACGAGCUGUCACUGUCCCAUUUGAUGAUACUGAGGAGCCUUGUGAUACACCCCGUGCAUAUUUGCUGGGUCUUGUGUGGGCCGUUGUUGGUACUGGCGUUAAUCAGUUUUUUGGCCCACGCCAGCCCAGCAUUGCCAUUGCUGCUGGUGUUCUUCAAAUAAUCAUCAUGCCAUGUGGUAGAUUGCUUCAGUAUACUUUACCUGACUGGGGUGUAAUUAUACGAGGACGCAGGUUCUCUCUUAACCCAGGCCCUUGGUCUUACAAAGAACAAAUGUUCACGACAGUGUUGGUGAAUUGCACUGUUCGAGGGGCUUAUGCUGCCAAUCUCAAUAUCAUUGCAGAGAAACUUCCACUUUUCUAUAACAACACAUGGGCUAGUGCUGGAUACCAAUUUCUACUGGUUUUUUCAACCCAGUUUAUGGGAUUUGGAUUUGCAGGUAUUAUGCGCCGUCUUAUUGUAUACCCUGUGCGCACUGUUUGUCCUACCAUGUUGCCCAUGCUGGCUCUCAAUAGAGCAUUGGCAUCUAAAGAGCCCAAAAAACGCAUCCAUGGAUGGUCUCUUAGUCGGUAUCAGUUUUUCUUAAUUACUUUUGCUAUUUCAUUCUUGUAUUUUUGGGUUCCAAAUUAUCUUUUUACAGCUCUGAGUACUUUUUCUUGGAUGACAUGGAUUGCUCCUAAUAAUUACAACUUGGCCACAAUUACUGGUUCCCUUUCAGGCUUGGGUAUAAAUCCUAUUCCCACAUUUGAUUGGACUGUCAUCAACUACAAUAAUCCGCUUAUGCUUCCAUUUUACGCCUUUGUAAGCCAAUAUAUUGGUGUUAUAAUUUCCGGGUGUGUCUUGAUUCCUGCUCUUUUUUGGACAAAUUAUAAGUGGACAGCUUUUUUCCCCAUUAAUUCCAAUCGAGUUUUUGCAAAUGAUGGUAGUGUAUACGAUGUACGUAAAGUUUUGACCAAUGGUCUACUUGAUGUUUCUAAAUACCAAGAAUAUUCGCCACCAUUCUUCACUGCAGCAAAUCUGGUUGUUCAUGGUGCUAAUUUCACGCUCUAUCCAUUUGCAAUCAUAUACUGUUUCAUAACUGAUUGGGAAACCAUUAAAAAAAGUGGCCAAGAAAUAUUGGAAACAUUGAAAAAUCCCAAGAGAUCAAACUAUGCUAGCUACAAGGAUGUUCACAGCCAAAUGAUGUCAAAAUAUAAGGAGGUUCCUGACUGGUGGUUUUUGAUUUUGUUGUUGGCAGCAUUAGGCAUGGGUAUUGGAAUGGUAAAGGGGUAUCCAACCCAUACGCCAGUAUGGGGUAUUUUCUUUGCAAUGGGGCUCAAUAUUGUAUUCCUGGUUCCUAUAACACUUGUUUAUGCUCUCACUGGGUUUGCAUUUGGCCUUGAUAUUUUGGUAGAGCUUAUCAUUGGGUACGCAAUUCCAGGAAAUGGUACAGCCAUCAACAUUCUCAAGGCAUAUGGGUAUAACAUUGAUGGGCAAGCUCAAAAUUAUUUGACAGACCUUAAAAUGGGACAUUACGCAAAGCUACCACCUCGAGCCAUGUUCCGUGGCCAAGUCACAGCAACGAUUUUCCAGGUUCUUGUAGCUGUUGGUGUGGUCAAUUGGCAAUUAUCAAACGUUGACCAGUUUUGUACACCCGAGCAACCUCAACGGUUUACAUGUCCUGUGGCCAACAGUUUCUUUUCGGCAUCGGUUUUUUGGGGUGUAAUUGGGCCCAGACGAAUCUUUGACGGAUUGUAUCCAGUUUUGCGGUGGUGUUUUUUGAUAGGAGGGUUGCUACCGUUUCCAAUUGCGUUUUUGCGGCGCCGGUUCCCACGAUACACAAGAUAUGUGCACCCGACCUUGAUUCUAGGUGGCAUGCUUGGAUAUGCACCUUAUAAUUUGAGUUACUUUACAGGAGGGCUUUACUUUGCUGUACUGUUUAACUAUUACCUGAGAACCCGGUAUCAAUUGUGGUGGGAGAAGUACAACUAUGUACUUUCCGCGUCUUUGACGACUGGGGUGGCAUUGUCGGCCAUCAUCAUUUUCUUUUCGGUUCAAUAUCACGACAAAAAGCUGGUAUGGUGGGGUAACACAGUGGCGAGCUCUGGCCUGGACGCUGCAGCCAAACCCAGAUUGACCAUUCCUACUGGGAGUAUUGUUGGGCCAGCCAAAGGCCAGUAUCCGUAA